CCGCAAGUAGGGCGGGCCGGAACUUUUGUCAGCCGGAACCGGUGUACGCCGCUCAGUGUUGUCGACCGGCGUCAAGGCGACGAGGGUGCUGUUCUCUUCCUCUGGCUGCGGUGGCUGUGGAGUUCAGCCCAGCCAGUCUGGUGGAGGAGCACAGUCUCCCGGACUGUCUAUGGUCGCUCCGCGGGCCGCUUUGCCGGCUGGUGCUUUUGUAUCAGGGCAAGCAGUAUUAUUCCAUGGCAGGGAACUUCUGGCAGAGCUCCCACUAUUUGCAGUGGAUUUUGGAUAAACAAGAUCUGUUGAAAGAACGCCAAAAGGACCUAAAGUUUCUCUCAGAAGAGGAGUAUUGGAAAUUACAAAUAUUUUUUACAAAUGUUAUCCAAGCAUUAGGUGAACAUCUUAAAUUAAGACAACAAGUUAUUGCUACUGCUACGGUCUAUUUCAAGAGAUUCUAUGCUAGGUAUUCUCUGAAAAGUAUAGAUCCUGUAUUAAUGGCGCCUACAUGUGUGUUUCUGGCAUCCAAAGUAGAGGAAUUUGGUGUUGUCUCAAAUACGAGAUUGAUUGCUGCUACUACUUCUGUAUUAAAAACUAGAUUUUCAUAUGCUUUUCCAAAGGAAUUUCCUUACAGGAUGAAUCAUAUACUAGAGUGUGAAUUUUACCUCUUAGAAUUAAUGGACUGUUGCUUGAUAGUGUAUCAUCCUUAUAGACCUUUGCUCCAGUAUGUGCAGGACAUGGGCCAAGAAGACGUGCUGCUUCCCCUUGCAUGGAGGAUAGUGAAUGAUACCUACAGGACGGAUCUUUGUCUGCUGUAUCCUCCUUUCAUGAUCGCUUUAGCUUGCCUCCAUGUAGCCUGUGUCGUACAACAGAAAGAUGCUCGACAGUGGUUUGCAGAACUUUCUGUGGAUAUGGAGAAGAUUUUGGAAAUAAUCAGGGUUAUUUUAAAACUAUAUGAGCAGUGGAAGAAUUUUGAUGAGAGAAAAGAGAUGGCAACUAUUCUUAGUAAGAUGCCGAAACCAAAACCACCUCCAAACAGUGAAGGUGAGCAGGGUCCAAAUGGAAGUCAGAACUCUAGCUACAGCCAAUCUUAAAACACCCUGAAGAAUCCCGUAGUGGACCACUUGGAAGUAAAGCAUUGGACAGUUUGAGUAAUGUCUUCAUUGGAAGCAGAUGCAAACGAAUAGCUUGUUUCUGUCAAGCAUAUUGGGAAUUGACUUAAUUUUCACAAAAUAAGGUUUUUUCCUAACUUGAUUUAGUGUAUAAUUUAUUAACUCUUAAUUACAAAAUUUAGUAAGGCUCUAAAGGGACCUAUAGCCAUACAUAGACAUUUCAGGGUUAACCUCUCUCUUACAUACACAUAUGUAUAUAGACACAUACUAAUACUGGUUUUUGGUUAGGUAAUUGAAGGGUUUUUUAAUUAAUAAUAAUAACUUUUUUUAUUAAGUCAGGAAACAUGAAAUGUCAUUUGUUCAAAUUUUUCUUUCAGCAUUGAGGGACCAAAAGAGGACAUAAAAAGUCAAUAAAACUACCCCAGCCCAGUUAAAUUUUAAAACUGGAUUUAAGAAAUUAAAUCUUAGAAAAUCCUUAGAAGGUUUUAGAAAUGAUAAUUACAAUUUGAGGGAGAUUAAUCAAGAACUUACUGAUUUUAAAAUAGAUUGUAUUUAAUACUUUUUGUAUCAUUACAGAAGAUACUGGCCCAGCCUAUCAAAAAAGUGCAAUAUAUAUAUAGCAUACUUUGACAUUUUAAAGGUUGUAUUGACUUACUAGCUGUUUUGAAAGCCUAAAAGAAAAGGUUAUUUGCAACUAAUUUAUAGUUAAAUUAGUUUAACUUGAUUAAACACUUAAGGUAAAAUUUGGUGAAAUUUUAAUGUUUAAUCUGUCCUGAAAAAUUUUUUUUUUGUCCUGAAAAUUUUUUAUGAGACAUAUACACCCAGUUUAAUUUUAUGUUUUAUUGUGAACUAACAUAUGUACAGCAAGUAUUCUAAAGCAGGAAGGAACCUAGUCAGGUUCUAGACAGUGGGAUUCUUCAUUCUCAUGGGUGUGACUGCAGAAUCAACGCUACAUUUGUGGGACUUCAUCAAUUAAUCAAUUUUCUUCAGACUCAAAGGAAGAAGAAUAAAGCUUGGAAUAAUGAGAUAUUAUUGUGUAGUUUUGCACUUUUUAAAAAAUAAAUCAUGAAAAAAAUUACUAAGUGUUGACUUCCUGGUUAAAAUUGGAAGAAUAAAAGUUAAAUUUUUCAGGUAUAUUAACUAAUGUCUUGAGUUCCUGUUGCUAAGUUUGACUUAGGUUUUCUGAGAAUCUUUUUGAGUGUUAAAUUAGAACCCUAAACUCUGUAAAGAGGUGAUUUUUGUAUAGUUUAUGAAUAGAUUGUAAGGAAGGUUCUGCUUCCUAUGGAGAAUAUCAGAUGCAGAUGGGCUGAAAAGGAGACUUUACGUUGGUACAAAUACGAAUUCUCCUAAGGCCGUAUCAGGCUAAGUAACAAACAAGCAAAGGAACAAACAGGCUCUCCCCGAACUCCGCUUGGAUGCUUGGUGAUUGAUUGCUUAUCACAGCUGUUAACUAUAGUUUUAUCUUCAAGCUUUUUUAAAAUCCAGUUUCUUUUUUCAGAUUUAUUUUUUUGCUUUAUAGUUUUCUUUGCAAAUGCUAUUGUGGAUGAUUAAGACUUUGCAAAAGGAGACAAAGCCGUGAAAUAGAUCUCCAUGUGUGUAUGCUCCAGCCUCAGCUAUUACUGAUUCAUAGCCAGUUUCACCUUAUGUAAACUUCCACACCAGUCUCCAGCUCAUACAUUAUCUUGAAGAAAAUUCUAGAUAUAUCAUUUUAUCCAUAAAUAAUUUCAUACUGCUAAUAGGUGAAAUAAUUAUUUAGUAUUAUAUUAAAAUUCUCAAUUCCCUGAACAUUGCAGAACAUUCUGUAUUCAUUUAUAAAUCCUUUUAGGUUUAGAUUCAUGGAUUAUUCCUCCAUGCUAUAAAAAACAUUCCCUGUUUUCAUUUCUUCAUGUAUUAAGUUUCCCAUAGCCUAAGUUUUACUGUGAGCAUCUUUAGCAUGCCAUUUAGUGAGGAUUUUUCUCCUUUGUAUUUCUGUAAAUUGAUAAUUGAAUAUGAAGGUUGAUCACACUGAGAUUCUUUUUGUUUUGGCUAGGCUACUGUAGGGUGGCCAUCUCUUGCAUUAGUCAACAUAGUGGCUGUUGCUGUCCCCAUUUAUGACAAGUACUGUUUCAGAACCAGUCAGUCUUAGGCACACUGUCCAGUCUCAUAGCCACCAGCCACUUAGGGCUGAACAGUUACUAUGUGGCUUGUCUGAAUGCAGAUAUGCUGUAAAUGUGCAAACAUGUUGGGUUUCAGGUACUUAUUAAUAUAAAACAAAAUAAUGUUAAAAAUCUCAAUUUGUUUAUAACCAUUAUGUGUUUUAAAUGAUAAUAUUUUGGAUACAUAGAAUUAAAUAAAACAUUAUUAAAAUUU